CACUGCUAAUUUUAUCUUUAUGCGGAAAUAAGAUUUUGUUGUUCCUUACAAUGAUGGGAAGUACAGACAUGCACGCAGUGAGAUGAUAUCAGAUUUCAACGAAGUGAUCUCGUUCAUAUAAAGAAUCGGGGGCCACACUGAUUACAGGACAGAAUUCCGAGUCUAAAAUGAGUUAUCAGCCACCCACAGGAUCUUACCCAGAAAACCCACCUCCCUAUGAGCAGAUUGGUGGCACCCAACCGGCAGGGGCAGACACUGGACCACAAACAGGGGGGUAUGGUCCGUACAAGCAACCUCCCGGACCACCAAAAGAGGGCCAUGCUCCCCAUCAACAACUAUCAGAAGGAGCACAUCCCCCACCACAAGCGGGGGGAUACACUCCGCAUCAUCAACUAUCAGCAGGGUCUUAUCUGGGACCACAAAAAGAGGGACGGACUCCCCAUCAGCAACCACCGGGAAAACCACAAAUCCCACCACAAGCGGGGGGAUACGCUCCGUAUUACUCCCCAGCAGGGGUUUAUCAACAACAACCAACAACUGUCUACGUUUACGAGCAGAGGAGGGAUCAAGACCAGGACACAACCGAGGAAUACUGUCUACUGGCCUUCUGCUGGGCAAUGUUGUGCUGCUGUUUCAUGGAUAACUUCUGAAUUUUGAAAUUCUGUAUAACUAACUAAUGACUAUAACUAAUUGUAUAUGUAUACGUGGCACCUGAUCAUACCUCUGGGGGUGCGUGUUUGCUCCGCUCCCAAACUGUAUUGUUCUAGUAUUGACCUCUGAACUUGAUAAUUGUGCAUUAUAUCAUGUUGUAAAUUUUGAAUUUACUAGAGGAAGGUAAAUGCAAAAUUUACAUGACAUAGUUAUCUUCAUAUUUUAUGCAGUAGAUAUCCGGAUAACACGGAGAUUUAACUCAUAUAAUCGGCUAAUAUCAAGAUGACUUGAUCAUAAUUAACAGAAGAAUAUACAGCUGAUAGCUGGAUAUUACCCGACUACAAGGGAUAAUUAGGAUUGAUUGUAAGGAUGUCUGUGAAUUAACUCUAAUAUUUUACAUUUUAAUUCUUGUGCACCUUUAGAAUGUUACAUUCUGUUUUAAAACAUUGCAUAAAAAUCAGUCAUAAACCAUGGGGAUACAUGAUUUUCCAUUACUAACAAUUACAAUCUUAUUUUGUAAUCUGAAAUCGACAGAACUGUCAGUAAUUUAUCAAAUCAAGUAAGGUUUAGCCAUCAGAACAACUGGACCCUGAACAUUCGUUUGCAACAAGAAAGAAAGUCUCAAAGGAAUGGAAAAGACCUGUAGUAAUUAUAAUGUUAUUUGAUUGCAAUAUUUCUGUUUAUAUUUAACAGUGCUUCAAUGUUUGUUUUUGUAUAUUACUUUUAAAAUUUAUCUUAUUUUUAAGAGGAAAACUCUGCAAUACAUCCUUUUAUCAGAUUUGACUUUAGAUAUUUAUCGUAGGUUCAGUGCAGAGUAGGAAAUGACUAUUUUAGGCAGUCUGUCAUGACUUAAUGCAAAAUAACUAAAUGCUGUCAUAAGACAGUAAUAGUAAUACCCACAUCAGGUUGUUUGCCUCGAAAUGUACUCAUUAAAAUAUGGGUUAUGAGGGAAGAAGCCAAAACAAUUCCAUGAUUUACAUAUAGUUCAUUUUCAGCCCAUUAUUGCUC